CAAACAUUUAUUUGAGACGUACUGACGGUAUAUUUUGACUUGACUUGACUUCUGAGUGAAACAAAGUUCUUUCCAAAGCUCUUCAUCCGUGUCUUCAUCGUAGCGUCACAUGUGCGUCAGUGUGAGAUAAGAAAACCAAAGUGGUCUCAGCUUUCAGGACGAGACACAGAAAAAGGCCAUUGACGGCGCUGCGCUGCCUCACGUGGGCGUGACCAACACGCUGCGUCUAAUUCACAGUCUCUUCACUGCACUCACUCAGCCUGCGCCUGCUUUAACUCCACAGCAGCGAAGAAAAAUGGCUUCUAGUGUUUUCACUGGUCGUUAUGGCAAAGCUCCUCCGUCCAUCUCCUUCUCUGGCUCCGGAUUCAUGGCCACGUACCAGUUAGGUGCCGCCCAGUGCCUCCUGAAUUACGUGCCGUGGAUGCCGCGUGCAGCUCCGUACGUUCUGGGCGCCUCUGCCGGGUCUUUGGUGGCCGCUGCCGUCGUCUGUGAAAUGAGCCCAAUCACAAUUCGGGACGAGAUCUUAACCUUUGCCAGACAGUUGAAGGCUUUGAGACUGGGACCGUUUAACCCGUCCAUUAACGUCUUCCACUGGCUGGAGUUUGUUUUAAACAAACAUCUUCCCGCCGACACUCAUCAGCUGGCCAGCGGCCGCCUCGCCGUGGCCAUGACGCGUCUGAGUGACGGCAAACAUGUCGUGACCACUGAAUUUCAGUCCAAAGACGACGUGGUUCAGGCUCUUCUCUGCAGCUGCUUCGUACCUGGAUACUGUGGGAUUCUGCCUCCGUCCUUCAAAGGAGUGUAUUAUCUGGACGGGGGUUUCAGUGGCAUGCAGCCCGUGCCGCCCGCUCCCUGCAGCGACACCUUGACGGUGUCUCCGUUCUCUGGAGAGACGGACAUCUGCCCGUCUGACCGAUGCAGCAAGUGGGACAUGGUGGUGAGUGGAACCACGCUGAAGGCCAACAUGGAGAACAGCGUCAGGGCCCUGAACGCUCUGUACCCCAUGACUUUAGAGACACUUGAAGAAGCCUACCACAGAGGCUUUAAAGACACCAUUGAUUUUCUUCAGCGUAAUGAUCUUGCCCCGUACUCAAUAAUGUCCCAGGGUUCACUGAACUGUCCUCCGGAUAACACGUGGAUUCAUCUGGAGACCAGCGCGGAGGAAGAGGACGAGGUGAAGGUGGAGGACGAGGCUGCGCCGCCGUCUUUUAUCGGCGAUGGCCAGAAGGACAACAUCGUCCUCCAGAGCACACAGAGAAAGGCAGUGUUUCUGUUGUUGUUGACGUGGCAUUGCCUGAGACAUUCCCUCUUCUUCUUUUUCGACGUAUUUCUCAGCAGCGUGAAGAAGAACAUGAAGGACAGGCUCAUGCCCGUCGUCAUGUUGUUGAAGUGGCUGAAAAUUCAGACGCAAGCGGAGGGUGAGUCAGAGUCUUCUUCCCCUUCACGUGGCCUUCAUCACUCCAUCACACAGGAUUACAAGAACCAAAAACUGUAGAGAAAGUCCAUCCAUCUUCUACCGCUUUAUCGCCCUCAUGAGGGUCACAGGGGGCGGGGCAAGUGCCAAUCUCAGCCAACAGAGGGCGACACAAAUAAAUUCUUUAUUUUGUCUAUUUUGUCAAUUUGACUUUCUUUGACAUUAGAGCAUCACAAAGUUUGGUUUCAUUUUUAUUAUUAUUAUUAUUAUUAUUAUUAUUAUUAUUAUUACACACCAUCGAUUAUUCACUGAUUACUGAAUUACUUUUUAAUCGUUUUUUAAUAAUAAAUAAAAAAAUUUCCGGUUUCUUUGCUCC